AUGGGGGCCAAGGGGCCCACAGAGCAGAGACAGCAGCAGAAACAAAGGAAGAGGAAGAAGCAGCAUCUGCUUCAGCAGCAGCAAACUGCUGCUGCAGGUGGCCAGCAGCCACGAGCAGCAGCAGCAGCAGCAGCAGCAGCAGGCAGCAACAGCAGCAAGGGCAAGAGCAACAACAGCAGCAGCAACAGCAGCAGCAGCAGCAGCAGCAACAGCAAACAAGAUAUUGAGGCUCUGUUCGCUCCUCUGAAGGCAGCAAAGAAGCAGCAGCAGCAGCAGCAAGAGCAGCAACAGCAAGCAAGAUAUUGA